AUGUCGACAACUCAGACUGCGCGUGCUAGCAGAAACAGCUCUAGCUCUUCAUCCACCCAGCACGUUGCGCCGACUCCUUCUUCCUCUUCAGCCUCAGAAAGGCCAAAUGCUAAGUCUCACAAGCGUUCGCGAUCAGGCUGCUUCACAUGCCGCUUGCGCCGCAAGAAGUGCGAUGAAGCUCACCCCGCCUGUGGUGCCUGCAUCAAUCUGAGUGUGAAGUGCGAAUAUAAACGUCCAGUAUGGUGGGGAAGCGCAGAGCAAAGGAGACUUCAAAAGGAGCGCAUCAAGAACAAGAUCAAGACAACAAAAACCAUUGAGCGAAGUGGAAACCGUGCUGACCAACUUCGGAACCGUCACCACUCUCUAACCUCACCGACAUCCGGUUCGCCUGAUUAUGACUUCAACCGCUUUGCUGAACACCAUGACAUUUUCUCUUCGCACGUUCCGACCCCGGGACUGGGUACCAAUCCUUAUGUACCAUAUGCGCCUGGCUAUGAGAUUGAUGUCAAGACCGAACGUCAAACAUUUAUCAACGAUGUUCCUAUGCGCCAUGAUUCCUCCACUUCGACCUUCAGUGCCUAUAUUCCUCCUCAACUUACAGCUCCUAUGCCUACUUUUGGUGGCGAUGAAUGGAUUGGGGGGCUCGGGGAUGAUUUCGUACCAGAACCCGACUUCAGCGGAUUCGACCCUGCCAUGACUCAAUCUACUUUUGAUCAGUCUUCUAUGUGGAAUAUACCCGUCAGCGAUCAUGAUAAGCCGCUUCUGGAUCACUUCAUUCAUAAUGUGCUGCGUCAGAUCUUUCCCGUCUUAGAGGCUCACCAGCGUGGCUACCUCCGCGCCCAGGCCAUUCUUCGGGCCCUGGAAACUAACAAGACCUACCUCCACUGCUGCUUGAGUAUUGCAGCCAUUCACCUCAAGACUACUGAGGGCUUGAUCGGUGAUACAAUUGACACUGACAUCAUGCGCCACCGUUAUGAAGCUAUCUCACACCUGUGCAAGGCACUGGGGGAGGACACCAACCACCAGGAAAUCCUUGAUGCGACUCUUGCAAUGAUUUUUUUCCACUGCUCUGUCGGUCCCGCAGAUGAUUAUCUCCCUGAUAUUCCUUGGUUCGAUCACUUCCAAGCUGCUACAAACCUCGUGAACAGACUGGAGCUUCCUUCCAAGCCACUGGAGUCUGUGAAUGGGUUCAUGGUUCCUUCCUACAGCUUGGCCUUGACAUCAUGGAUCGAUAUUCUGGGAUCAACAAUGACCGGAAAGACCCCUCAGUUCGCCCAUGCCUACCGAGCAAAGCACCUGAGCGGAACAUCGUCGGGUCUUAAGGAGCUGAUGGGAUGUGAUGACAGAAUCAUGUAUCUCAUUUCCGAGAUUGCCUGUCUGGAUUCUCUAAAACGCGAGGGCAAAGUCGACGACUUGACGGUCUGCUCUCAUGUCCAGGCAAUGGCAAAACAACUCGAACACACCGAGCCCGCUGAUCCAACCUUGGAAAACCCGUUCUCCGCUGCGACUGGUGCUAUCUUACCUGAAGCCUUGACAAAAACCAUAUCCCACAUUUUCCGCGUUGCAGCCCGGAUUUACCUUUGCAGCAUCGUUCCCGGAUUUGACCGUAAUCAACCCACGAACGAGAACCUGAUUUCUUCAGUCACCCAUGCUCUCCAGUUCAUCCCUGCGGGACCCCACGGUUUCGACCGCUCCCUUGUCUGGCCACUUCUGAUGACUGGUGUGUACGCAACACCAGGAAGCCAAUUCCGAGCUGUGCUCGAAGAUCGUGCUGUAGCUCUGGGAGAUCACGCCGAUCUUGGAAGCUUCGGUCGCAUGUAUCGUCUUCUCCAUGAAAUGUGGCGUCUGAGCGAUGAUCCUGCCAACAUGAUGGGCAUUUAUAACGAGGAUUUCAACUCUUCACUCACUAGUCCAAUCUCCAGGCUGGACCGGUCCGGCUCCAACUCCCCAACAGGUGCGGGCGCCAUUCUUGGCGGGAGGGAGAUCAAACGGCAGCAAGUUCACUGGAGAGACAUCAUGGUGCGAAACAACUGGCACUAUUUGCUCAUCUAG